GACUAAUUUGGCGCUUAAUUUGUUGGCAAUGUUUUGAAUGGUUGUUGUGUUUGAUAAGAAAAUCACUUGAAUUGAUCCAAACAAUGGAUUCACAAUCAAUUGAUUCAGUCGAUGUCAACAAUGUUGAAACAUCGGACACAAAAUCAGCCAAUUUUAUUGAAGACAAUGCAUCGACAUCUAAGUCAACACUAAUAAUACCAGAAGUGUCAUCAAAUGCGAAGAAUAUGUCCAAUAAAUCAAGCGAUAACUCGACUGAAGAUAAAUCAUUGAAAUUAGAUCCGAAAGAUAAGUCAAAGUAUGUUACGGUUGGCUCAAGAUUUAUGCAGUCGACUAAAGAUUGGGUCGACAAGAGGUCCAAUGCUUCAAAGCAAAGACAUGUUAGGUCUGGUUCGGCCACUCGUGGAACUGUUGGCACUCGUCCUCCGAGUCGAAACCCGACACCAAAUGCCAAAACGAAGAAAGCUUCGACUCCGAUAUCAACCGAUAAAUCGCUAAACUUUAGUCACGUUUCGGUUAUUAAUGUAAGAGAUAAUCAAAAACCUGAAAUAAAACUGAAGGGAAAGGGUUUGAUAACUGGACGCAAAUCUUUGGCUCCAAAACGGCUGCCUUUUGUCUUUGAUUCCGAUGCAAACACAGUGACCACUGCUUCAAAUCGAGUCACUCCUAUGUCUGUUAGUGUGGAUAAUGACACAAAAGUUAAAGAAAUGGAAAAUUCAGUCAUGACUUCAAUAUAUCUUCAGUCGGUGUUUCUGAAUCUUAAAGCUAAACGAAUGAAAAGUGAAAGACAGACAAAUGCUUUGACUAAAAUCACUCAAAUCUGGUCUCAAACUAAUGAAUUGAGAACACAAUUAUUUGAAACACAGAAGUGUAUAAUAACUCUCAAAGAGACCAUCGAUUCAAUUGAUAUCUUAGAGAAACAAAAGAAUAUUUUGGAAGAAUAUCUAAAGAUAAGGACACAAUUGGAUUCAUUAUUUAAUUGUUUAGCGAAACUAAUUGGAGAACAAAAAUUGCUUUUUAAGGUUGAAAAUUGUACACAAAAUGAUUUUGAAAAACUCAAUGAUUUGAUGAAAUUAAAUGUUGACUCUAACCAAUCGGAUUCAAUGGAUAAGGCAUCUAAAAUAUCUGAUAAUGUGGUAAACGCUAAAAAAGUUUGCGAUGAUAUUAAAAGUUUGGAAAAUGAAUUCAAAGAUUGCUAUAAAUUGUUUAUAAAUUGUGUUAAAGAUUACGAAAAAUAUGAAAGAAUUGAACGUAAAAUAAAUCCACAAAAAUGUCUGUCAAUUUCUAAAUUGUUUUAAAUUUUAAAGUAA